CUGCAGUGGCUGGCUUCACUCACAGCUUAGCGGUGAUGGCGGUCGGGAGCCAUGGGGAUUUUUCACGGCUAAUUCAGCAGCAGGUUUAGAGUGAUUUUCCAUGGGGUGAAGGCGUGUUUUCCCGCCCAGGAACGUUAGAAACAGUAAAGCAGAUCUUUAGUGGUUGCGCGGUGUGCGUUUGGAGGCUGAGCAGCGCGGAUCUCCACACACUGGCCGUGUAAAAUGGCUCCGGUGCAGAUCGGCACAGAGGGCCAGCUGGUGCCCGUCGGGGGGCCGAGCACCGCGCCGCAGCCUGCCCCCGGAGCUCCGGCCACUCAGGGAGUCCGCCUCAGCGUUCUGAUCGACUUCCUGCUUCAGCGGACAUACCACGAAAUAACGCUGCUGGCUGAACUACUCCCACGUAAAACUGACAUGGAAAGGAAAAUUGAAAUUGUCCAUUUUGCGAGCCGGACGCGGCAGCUCUUUGUCCGGCUGCUUGCACUUGUAAAGUGGGCCAGUAAUGCUGGGAAAGUGGAGAGGUGUGCGAUGAUCUCUGCAUUUUUGGACCAGCAAGCUUUCCUAUUUGUUGACACAGCGGACAGACUGGCAUCGUUAGCCCGGGAUGCCUUGGUACAUGCCCGCCUGCCCAGCUUUGCGAUCCCUUUUGCCAUUGAUGUUCUGACUACAGGGUCAUACCCACGUCUUCCCACAUGCAUCCGAGACAAAAUAAUCCCUCCAGACCCUAUCACCAAAGCAGAGAAGCAGUCAACACUGAACCAACUGAACCAAAUCCUGCGCCAUCGGCUCGUCACCACUGACUUGCCCCCUCAGCUGGCCAACCUGACUGUGGCUAAUGGCCGGGUGAAGUUCCGGGUGGAAGGGGAGUUUGAAGCCACGGUAACGGUGAUGGGGGACGACCCAGAGAUUCCGUGGAGGUUGCUGAAACUGGAGAUCCUGGUUGAGGACAAGGAAACAGGCGAUGGCCGGGCUCUGGUGCACAGCAUGCAGGUGAAUUUCAUCCAUGAGCUGGUACAGUCUCGCCUAUGUGCAGAUGAUAAGCCACUCCAGGAUAUGUAUAACUGCCUACAUUCAUUUUGCCUUUCCCUUCAGCUGGAGGUGCUGCACUCUCAGACUCUGAUGCUGAUCAGAGAGCGCUGGGGAGAUUUAGUGCAGGUGGAGCGCUACCUUCCCGCAAAGUGCCUCACCCUGGCUGUCUGGAAUCAACAGGUGCUGGGUCGCAAGACAGGUACAGCAUCGGUGCACAAAGUCAGCAUCAAGAUCGACGAAACAGAUGGAUCUAAGCCAUUGCAGAUUUCCCAUGAGCCUCCGCUGCCAGCCUGUGAUUCCAAACUAAUGGAAAGAGCCAUGAAGAUUGACCACCUCUCAGUGGAAAAGCUUUUGAUUGAUAGUGUUCAUGCCCGCUCCCAUCAGAAGCUGCAGGAACUCAAAGCCAUAUUAAAGAGCAGCAAUCCCAGUGACAACUCAUUCAUAGAGACUGCUCUUCCUACUCUCGUCAUUCCUAUUCUGGAGCCGUGUGGACGAUCCGAGUGUCUUCACAUAUUCGUUGACUUGCACUCGGGCAUGUUUCAGCCAAUGCUAUAUGGAAUUGAUCAGUCAAUGUUGGAUGACAUUGAGAAAACCAUCAAUGAUGACAUGAAGCGUAUCACCACAUGGUUACAGCAGCUGAAGUUCUGGUUGGGUGAGCAGCGGUGCAGACAGUCUGUGAAGCAUCUACCCACAGUGUGCAUAGAUUCUCUCCACUUAUCUAACUCCGCCUCUCAUCCUGUGGGCAACCUUACAAAACACCGCCUCUUCAUCAAACUCACCCGUCUCCCACAAUACUACAUCGUGGUUGAAAUGUUUGACAUCCCCAGCAAACCCACAGAACUGCAGUAUAAAUAUUACUUCCUAUCAGUCAGUCAGCCAGAGGGGGAGGAUGGGCUGCCGUGUGCCCUGCUGCUGCAGCAGUUCAAGCCCGAGCUUGAGAAGCUGGUGCAGGACUUCUCCUCCGGCCGCUUGACCCGGCCUGGUACUAAGAGGAAGUUGUCAGCGGAGCAGGGUGCUACAGAGCCUAAAAAGCCCAAGCGCUCAGGGGAGAUGUGUGCGUUCAAUAAGGAGCUGGCUCACCUGGUAGCCAUGUGUGACACCAACAUGCCUCUCAUUGGCCUGCGCUGUGAGCUGUCUAAUAUGGAGAUUCCUCAUCAAGGGGUCCAGGUUGAAGGAGACGGAUGUAGCCAUGCUAUUCGUCUUCUCAGGGUGCCGCCUGCUAAAGGUGUGGGUGAGGAGACGAGGAAGGCUCUGGAUCGCUCUCUGCUGGACUGCACCUUCAGAUUGCAGGGCCGAAAUAACCGCACAUGGGUGGCAGAGCUGGUCUUUGCCAACUGCCCCCUCAACAGCACCUCAAGUAAAGAACAGGCUUCGACGCGACAUGUCUACCUGACAUAUGAGAACCCGCUGUCAGAGCCGGUGGGAGGACGGAAGGUGGUGGAAAUGUUUCUAAAUGACUGGAACAGCAUCAGCCAGCUGUAUGAAUGUGUGCUGGAUUUCUCACGUGCUUUCCCUGAAAUGCCCUCCUACUUGAGCCUCUUCUCUGAAAUACGGUUGUAUAACUAUCGGAAAUUAGUCCUGUGUUAUGGCAACACAAAAGGCAGCUCUGUAACGAUCCAGUGGAACUCUGUAACUCAUCGCUUCCACCUUGCUCUGGGCACGGUCGGGCCAAACUCAGGCUGCAGCAACUGCCACAACAUCAUCCUCCACCAGCUCCAGGAGAUGUUCAACAAGACCCCCAGUGUGGUGCAGCUACUACAGGUGCUGUCAGACACACAGGCCCCUUUGAAUGCUAUCAACAAACUGCCAACUGUGCCCAUGCUGGGUCUGACCCAGAGGACCAACACAGCCUACCAGUGCUUUUCCAUCCUACCACAGUCCCCCACCCACAUCCGUCUGGCCUUCCGCAACAUGUACUGCAUCGACAUCUACUGCCGCAGUCGAGGCGUGGUGGCCAUUCGCGAUGGUGCCUACAGCCUCUUUGAUAACACCAAGAUCGUAGAAGGCUUCUAUCCAGCUCCUGGACUAAAAACCUUCUUGAACAUGUUUGUGGACAGCAACCAGGAUGCACGGCGGCGUUCAGUCAACGAGGACGACAAUCCUCCCUCUCCAGUGGGUGUGGACGUCAUGGACACACUCAUGCCCCACAUGCAACCUCAACAGACAAUCAGAGGCCAAGGGGCCUACCCACCCCUCACUUCUCCAAACAACCCCUACCACAGCAGUGUGGCCCCAUCACCCUCCAUGAUGCCAACGCAUUCACCGGGGAACAUCCAUGCAGCCAAUUCCCCUAGUGGAGCUCUGCGGGCGCCCUCGCCCUUCGGGCCCACUCCGUCUCCCUCUUCUUUGGGCAUUUCUAUGGGCCAGACCUCCAACUUUGCCAGCCCACAUGGAGCUUUGGACCCCAGUUCCCCAUACCCCAUGGUGUCGCCCAGUCAGAGGACCGGUACAUGGCCUAGCUCUCCACAAGUCUCGGGCCCCUCCCCACGCGUACACGGCAUGUCACCGGGUAACCCUUCUCUCCACUCGCCCAUUCCAGAUGCCUCGCACUCUCCUCGUGCUGGGACCAGUUCCCAAGUGAUGCCUACCAGCAUGCCUCCACCUCGUAAGCUACCUCAGCGCUCGUGGGCGGCCUCCAUCCCCACCAUCCUCACCCACAAUGCCUUGCAUGUGCUACUGCUGCCCUCUCCCACCAUGUGCCUGGUGCCAGGGCUGGCUGGUAGUUACCUGUGUUCGCCACUUGAGCGCUUCCUGGGCUCGGUUAUCAUGAGAAGGCAUCUGCAGAGAAUCAUCCAGCUGGAACCUAAUCUCACUAUUGUGAACUCCAAUGAGCCAGGAGUCAUCAUGUUUAAGACAGAGGUGCUGAAAUGUCGAGUGGCUCUGAACCCAAAGAGCUACCAGACUCUGCAGCUGAAAGUCACACCGGAGAACACUGGUCCUUGGUUACAAGAUGAACUGCAAGUUUUGGAGAAGUUCUUUGAGACCAGGGUUGCAGGUCCACCCUUUAAGUACAACACUCUAAACGCCUUUACAAAACUGCUGGGGGCUCCCACCAACAUCCUCAGAGACUGUGUUCGAAUUAUGAAGCUUGAGCUGUUCCCCGACCAAGCGGGCCAACUAAAGUGGAAUGUGCAGUUCUGUCUGACUAUCCCACCCAGCGCUCCGCCCAUCGCUCCUCCAGGAACUAUCGCUGUAGUGCUCAAGACCAAAAUGCUUUUCUUUCUCCAGCUGACCCAGAGAGUGCAGGUGCCUCAGGAGCCCAUCAGCAUCAUUGUGCCCAUCGUGUACGACAUGGCCACAGGGCUGACGCAGCAGGCUGACAUCCCGCGACAGCACAGCUCCUCUGGAGCUGCUGCCCUCAUGGUUAGCACCAUCCUCAGGAGGUUUAAUGAGCACCACCCAGCUCGACCAGGAGAAUGUACAAUAUUUGCUUCUGUGCAUGAACUCAUGGCUAAUCUGAUGCUGAACCCUGGUGCACGCCCCUAAGAGUCCCCAGUCCAGCUUCUCCAGACCAAACUGAGAACACACUGAGUAUUGGCAUGCUGUAUGGAGAUCCAGGCUCUCACAUACAGCCACAGAAAUUUUCUCCAGGUGGACAAAAUUCUGUCAUAAAGGAAAGAAAAAGUUAUGAUGGAAUGGAAUAUUCUUUGAUUUUGCUUCAUAUCAAGAGUAUAUGUAAAUGAAUGAAGGACAGUGCAUCUGUGAAUGUGCCAUGCAUACUUCUAUAAAUUCAGGACAUGAUUAAGGAAAAAGGACAAUUUAUUUUUGUUUGAUGCACUUCUUAAAUAAAGGUUUGAAAUUAGAAAAAAAAGGUUUGUUUACCCUCAAGUGUAAAUGCUUUUUAUAUAUUAUUUUAAUGUCUGCCUUUAAGAAAAAUGUGUUUUGCAAAAAAGCUUAAUUCAUUUUGUUUUAUAAUGCAAGCUAUCAAUAUUGUGUUGAUACUGGGGCUGUAUUUUUUUUUUGAUGACACUAUUUAAUGUAUGUCUUUUUUUUUUUUUUUUUUUUUUACUGGCAAAUCUUUGACCACUCUCAUUAUAGCGGUCACUCUAAACACUGUAUAGACUGUAACAAACUUUCAGAAGAAGCCCUAUUUUUGAUGACUGCAUUUGAAUCUUGAUGGUAGCCCAUACCUCUGUCUUUAUUACUGUUUAAUAAAUAUUUGAAAGUGUUA